GGGCCCAGGAGGGGGCGUGAGCAUGGAGCGGCUUUGGGGUCUACUCCAGAGAGCGCAAAGGUUGUCCCCAAGACUCUCUCAGACCAUCUAUAAGCGUGUGGAGGCUACUCAGGAAGGGCGCCUGGAGGAGGAAGAGGAAGACAGGGAGGAGGGGGCCGAGCCACAGACCCACUUCUGCCACAUGGAGCUGAGGGGCCCCGAGCCCCUGGGCUCUCGACCAGGGCGGCAAAACCUCGGACUCUGGGCGGCAGCAGGAAGAAGAGCCACCCCCUACCUGGUGCUGAUGGCCCUGCUGAUCUUCACUGUGGCCUUCCUCCUCGGCUAUGUGGCCUUCCGAGGGUCCUGCCAGGCAUGCGGGGACGAAGUGUUGGUGGUCAGUGAGGACGUGAACUAUGAGCUGGGCCCAGACUCCCAUCAGGGCACGUUGUACUGGAGCGACCUCCAGGCCAUGUUCCUGGGGCUCCUGGGGGAGGGCUCCCUGGAGGAUGCCAUCAGGCAAACCAGCCUUCGGAAAAGGGUGGCCGGCUCGGCUGGGAUGGCAGCCCUGUCUCAGGACAUCCGUGUGGCGCUCUCCAGCCAGAAGCUGGACCACGUAUGGAUGGACACGCACUACGUCGGGCUGCAGUUCCCGGACCCGGCUCACCCGAACACUCUGCACUGGGCCGAUGCGGCCGGCAAGCCCGCGGAGCAGCUGCCGCUGGAGGACCCUGACGUCUACUGUCCUUACAGCGCUACGGGCAACACCACGGGAGAGCUGGUGUACGCCCACUACGGGCGGCCGGAGGACCUGCAGGACCUACGAGCCCGGGGCGUGGAGCCGGCGGGGCGCCUCCUGCUGGUGCGCUUCGGGGUGAUCAGCUUUGCCCAGAAGGUGGCCAGUGCCCAGGACUUUGGGGCCCGAGGCGUGCUCAUAUACCCCGACCCAGCAGACUUCUCCCAGGACCCACACAAGCUCCGCCUGUCCAGCCACAGGGCUGUAUAUGGACAUGUGCACCUGGGAACUGGGGACCCCUACACGCCUGGCUUCCCUUCCUUCAAUCAAACCCAGUUCCCUCCAGUGCAGUCCUCGGGCCUCCCCAGCAUCCCAGCCCAGCCCAUCAGUGCAAACAUUGCCUCCCUUCUACUGAGGAAGCUUGAAGGUCCUGUGGCCCCCCAGGAAUGGCAGGGGCGCCUCCCAGGCUCGCCUUAUCGCCUGGGCCCUGGGCCAUGCCUGCACCUGGGGGUCAACAACCACAGGGCCUCCACCCCCAUCAGCAAUAUCUUUGGCUGCAUCGAGGGCCGCUCUGAGCCAGAUCACUAUGUUGUCGUCGGGGCCCAGAGGGACGCAUGGGGCCCAGGAGCGGCCAAGUCCGCCGUGGGUACCGCCAUACUGCUGGAGCUGGUGCGGACCUUUUCCUCCAUGGUGAGCAAUGGCUUCCGGCCCCGCAGAAGUCUUCUCUUCAUCAGCUGGGACGGAGGUGACUUUGGGAGUGUGGGCGCCACGGAGUGGCUGGAGGGCUACCUCAGCGUGCUGCACCUCAAAGCCGUAGUCUAUGUGAGCCUGGACAACGCAGUGCUGGGGGACGACAAGUUCCAUGCCAAGACCAGCCCCCUUCUGAUCAGCCUCAUUGGGAACAUCCUGAAGCAGGUGGACUCUCCUAACCACAGCGGGCAGACCCUGUACGAGCAGGUGGUGUUCAACAAUCGGAGCUGGGAUGCUGAGGUGAUCCGGCCUCUGCCCAUGGACAGCAGUGCCUAUUCCUUCACGGCCUUUGCGGGGGUCCCUGCCGUGGAGUUCUCCUUCGUGGAGGAUGGCGCCCGGUACCCGUUCCUGCACACGAAGGACGACACGUAUGAGAACCUGCACAAGGUGCUGCGGGGCCGCCUGCCUGCCGUGGCCCAGGCUGUGGCUCAGCUCGCUGGCCAGCUCCUCAUCCGGCUCAGCCAUGAUCACCUGCUGCCCCUGGACUUCGGCGGCUACGGGGACGUGGUCCUCAGGCACAUUGGCAGCCUCAGCGAGUUCUCUGGGGACCUUAAGGCCCGCGGGCUGACCCUGCAGUGGGUGUACUCGGCGCGGGGGGACUACAUCCGGGCGGCCGAGAAGCUGCGGAAGGAGAUCUACAGCUCGGAGGAGAGCGACGAACGGCUGAUGCGCAUGUACAACGUUCGCAUGAUGCGGGUGGAGUUCUACUUCCUGUCCCAGUACGUGUCGCCGGCCGACUCCCCGUUCCGCCACAUCUUCCUGGGCCGCGGAGACCACACGCUGGGUGCUCUGCUCGACCAUGUGCGACUGCUGCGUUCCGGCUCCGGGGCCGGGGCCCCUGGGGCCGCCUCCUCCAGGGUGGCGCCCGGCCUGGGCUUCCAGGAGAGCCGCUUCCGACGGCAGCUGGCCCUGCUCACCUGGACGCUGCAGGGGGCAGCCAACGCGCUUAGUGGGGACGUCUGGAACAUCGAUAACAAUUUCUGAGGCCCCCCCGCGCCCCCACAUGCCCCUGCCCCCUGCCGAGAGCUCCUGCUCUCCCCGCCUGAGGGAUUGCUGUGUGACCGAGGUGCCCGCGCACCACCUCUCAUUGCUGCCCCGUGUCCCGUGAGCCCUUCCCCUCUCUUAGGGGCCCAGUCUCCAGUGCAGACACCCACACACCCCUGGCCCUGCAAUGUAGGAGUAGGUGUGUGGUGCCUUCCUUAAUGGGCCCGUCAUCCUGUCAGCUAAUCAGAGAGCAGCAUCCGCUCCCUCUAUCACAGUCCCUUCCCCUUCAGGAGCAGGGUCCCCCACACCUAGAGACCACUCUGCAAGGUUUCCUGGGCCCUGGGACCUGGCCAACCCUCUUAGUGGGGAAGAUGGCUGGGACCAGAGCCUUAUGGUCAAAACGUGGUCUGUGGUGGGAGGGGCGGGGGUUUGGACUUCAAUAAACCACCUGGUGGCAUCUGUUGUGCAUAAGCACCUUUAUGCUUCUUCCACACCCUUCCCCCACCCAAUCAUCCCUCCCUUGAGACCUAGGGAAGAGUUGGGCAGAAGGAGCCAGAGAGGUGGCCAGUGGAAAUGCUGACUCCAUAGGAAGAACUCCGAGCUGUUCCUGGUACCUGAGCGACUAAGGAAACUGCCUAAGGAAAUAAGGAGGGCCUUCUCCAAAGACCACCUUGGGGUGGGGGGCUGGCUCUGCACCUUCUCCUGAGACUGGGGAAGGCUACAUAAUUUGCAAGACCUGAUGCAAAAUGAAAAUGCAGGGCCUUUUUUUCACAAAGCAAGAACAAAGCUUUUCCCUUUCUUCCACAGUCUCUCAACCUGUCAUGGUAGUUUUUUAUUUGCUAAUUAAUGUCCAGAUUCCUUAGACAGGGAAAUACCCCCGGGGCAGAUCCUCACAGGCACCCAGGGUUCUGCCCCACAAUUUGGUACUGACCCUGACCUGGACCUGGACCUUCCCUGUGCCUGUGCCUGAGCCCAGGUCCCUGCUGGGGAAGGAGGGUGGCAGCUAUCUCUGGGCGAGGGCAGGGAGCUGGCGGGUGAGAACCCAUCCAGGGGAGGUAGGACCCCCAGCACAUGCUCCAUGGUCCUGUUGGACUGCACUUCCAAAACAUAAAUUCAGAAGUCAAAUCAUUAGGAAUUUCAGGAUGGCAACUACAUAGCAUUAACCCCCAAACAUGGGGCCCCCUCUGAGUGCUCACACACCUGUUAGGUUGGCCGAGCCUUGGGCCCCUCCCGCCAGGGUCCCCUUUGGCCAAUCUUUGCCCAGAGAGGUGGGAGCUGCAGGAGGACAGGGAUUUCCACGUGCCGCCUGCACCGCUUUAUCUUUCCUGACAGUCUCUGGAGGCUUCGGCUCUAGCUUUCGCUCCUAGGGCAGUUGCAUAAAUCCUAGGGCUCGUCUCUCAGGCUCCUUGGGCUUCUCUUGGUCCCAGUAUGGUGGGAGAUGUCCUACCAGCUCCUCAGGAUGCUGGGAAGUGAGGGCCUCUUCAUCUACAGCUUGAGAUCUCCCAGCCCCUGGGUUCCAGGAUGGAACUUCCCCCUCUGUAGCCCCCUGAGCUGACUUGGUGGGUUCUCAGGAGACUGGAGUGCGGUCAGAAACCUCCUUGACUAUUUGCUUCCCUGACAUACAGUCCAGAACAAACUUCCCGACGUGGCUUCUCAGCUCUUCUUCACCUGUCCAUUUGCUCCCUGUAGUAGACAGAAUGAUGGUCUGGACAAAGAUGUUCACUUCCUAAUCUCUGAAAUUUGUGAGUGGUACCUUAAACAACAAAAAGGACUCUGUAGAUGUGAUUAAGUUGAGGAUCUUGAGAUGGGGAGUGUUAUGGGCUGAAUUGUGUACCCCCAAAUUCAAAUGUUGAAGCCCUCGGUACCUCUGAAUACAGAAUGUGUCUGUAUUUGGAGAUAGGGUCUUUAAAUGAUGAGGCCAUUAGGGUGGGCUCUAAUCCAAUCUGACCGGUGUCCUUAUAAGAAGAGGAAAUCGGACACACAGAAAGACACCACGGAUGCGUGUGCACAGAGGAAAGCCCAUGCGAGGACACAGCGAGAAG